UCUACGCUCUCCCAUUUUUUUUUUUAUUUUUUUUUGUAAAUGGAGAAACAGCUCUCCAAUGCUUUCUCUCUCCUUGCUCUCGCCGACGACGAAGAUGGUCUCCCCUCGUCUUCUUCCUCCUCCGCUGGGAAACAAGGAGAAAGAGUAUUAGAGGAUGUCGGAAACUAUAAGCAACCACUUGUCUGGAUUGACUUGGAAAUGACUGGUCUUAAUGUUGAAGUUGACAGGAUAUUGGAGAUUGCUUGUAUAAUUACUGAUGGACAAUUAGCCAAAUCAGUGGAGGGUCCAGAUUUAGUUGUACAUCAAACGAAAGACUGCAUGGAUAAAAUGGGUGAUUGGUGUCAAACUCAUCAUGGAGACAGUGGCUUGACAAAGAAAGUGCUCUCUAGUACUAUAAGUGAAAGGCAAGCUGAACAAGAGGUCAUCAAAUUUGUGAAAAAGCAUGUUGGUAAUGAAAAUCCACAAUUAGCUGGGAACUCUGUCUACGUGGAUUUUCUUUUCUUAAAGAAGUACAUGCCAGAUUUGGCUGCCCUUUUCCCUCAUGUACUUGUCGAUGUCAGUAGUGUCAAGUCUUUAUGCACCCGAUGGUUUCCCAGAGAUAAAAACAGAGCGCCUGGAAAGAAAAACAAUCACAGAGCCAUGGAUGAUAUAAGAGAGAGCAUCAAGGAGCUUAAGUACUACAAAGAAACCAUAUUUAAAGCAAACAAAGGUAAGAGGUGAGGUGAGGUUCGAGUGAAAGGGGAUAUUGAGAUUGUCGUUUAGGAGUCAUUCGCUUGAAUGUUUUUGUAUUAUGAAACCUAGUUACAUGAUGAUUUUUAGUUAUUGAGACAGGUACUAAAAUCUUAUUAUCUUAAUCUAAACUAAACUAUGGAGGUUAGUUACA